CUUCUAAAUAUCCAAAUUAUUUUUUACCUUAUAUAUUUAAAAAUAUGCCAAAUAGAUGGCGAUGGACAUUAAGCCACAACUAAUCGAAUUACAAUACUAUGUAUGGCUCAUACACAUACACAGGAUUCAUACACUAUUUGGAAGAGAUUGUCAACCAGACCAGUAUGAUUGAGUUGUGGCAGUGCUAAAAAUAUUUAGAAUUGACAUUAUAUAUCUCUGCAAAACCUACUUUUGAAAAUUGCAUAAAUAUUGACAUAUAUCUAUUUAUUUUAUAGAAUUGUCGGAAAUGGAGUUCAAUUUGCUUAAAACCAUUGUCUCAAAUUGGUAUGGCGGGGAGAGUAAUGUUUCAAUGCUGAAAGUGUUGUUCAGAGAUAAGGUGGAAAAAGGAAAUCUGUCAUCAGUAACUAGCACGAUAGACUUGCUGAAUAAUUUGUUUACAAGUGAUCAUCUUAGUUCAUGGAAUCUUGGACUCCUGUGUGAUACUAUUAGCAUAACAAAACAUUUUGCUCUUCAAUGGGAGAUUAAAAAAAAACUACCAUCUUUCCCAGAAGUUAAGAAAGGAACCAUUUCAACAGAAUUCACACCUCACAGGCAAAAGCUAAUGAAAUUUGGAUUGGCACUGACCACAGACAAUGUGAAGGAAAUUGAUGGAUUGUAUAAUACACUUCCUAAGAUGUAUACCAGCAGUUGGAUUAUGAUCACUGAUUUAGAAGAUCGACUGAUAAUCAGUGAAGGAAAUUUGAAAAUAUUCAUCGAUAGGUUAAGGACAAUCCUUAAUCUUCAACAAGCAUUGAACACACUAGCAGAAGAUCUAUAAACCUAAUGUGCAAGUAAUGUUUGGACAUCUGUUCCCCUUCUACUUUUACCUCUAGAUUUGGCAUGUUUUAAAGAAUCACCUGGAUGAGGUAUCUGUCAUAUAGAAGUUGUUUUCCAUGCUCGGAACAUCUUACGCUUAGUUUAAGGAUAAACUACACUUUCAAGAACUUGAGAACUGCUAAAGAACCAGCUUAUUAAUUUAUUAUUAAUUUUAUUAAUGAACUUGUAAAUAAUUUUUUGCUAUUUAAAUGUAUAUAUUCUUAUCAAAUAAUAACUAAUCUGUAAUUUUUACCUUUGUAUAUUAAUAAUAAUGAAAUUAAUUGACUUAUUGAAGUAUUCAAAUGCAUUUUGAACGCUUGAUCUUGUAUAAAAAUUGUUAUAUUUUUAAUAAUGCCUACAUUUUUUCCCCGCCUGCUUAUUUCUAAUUAUUGUAUGGUUUUUUUUGUUGUGCAGUAAAUUGUUUUUAACUUAAUGUAUUUUGAAAUUGAAUAUCAUGUAUGUAUGUGAUGAUGAAUAAAAAUCUAAAUCUGAAUUAGGAAAAAGUAUUAUCAUAUUAAAAGAUAAGACUCACUUGGGAAUGCAGGAAGGUGGUCUUUAAUUUUAUUAGAAAGAGAUUAUUUCAUAAUUUGAUUUAAUAAUUUUGAACUGAGAAAAUCUUAAUUUUGUUAGAGGAACAAUGUUAAAUAUAGUUAGAUAGUAAUUCAAGGCUGUCACCUACUGUACAGUAGGAAUGGUUAUUGGAAACUGAAGACGUACAUACAUCUUUUAUUUUUUGUCCAUUUACUACAGCUGCUCUUAAAGCACUAGAUUGUUUAAUGUUCUGUGACCCAACAAUGUACCAUUAUUUUUGUAUUGAUAACAGAAAAGCAAAAAUAUGGAAA